UUCAGCACUCCCCUAUUAAUAUACCGGCAAAGUCUACGCUGGCAUAGUUAGUUGGCGAAAAUGGCAUCUACAACCACAAAUCCCGCUGCGAUGGCAGACCCCCACCAACCUCCAUACUCUACCACAGAGGGCAGCAGCUUCACCAAUAGCGAAUCUACCCCGCGCACACUGACAAGCAAUGUCAACCGGGAUAAUGGUCAGCUACCAGUCGGCGUUGAUGAGGAUGAGGACGACUAUCUCGACGAUAUCUUUGAAGACGAUGACCAUGCGGACGAGUACGAUCCCACAACCGGCGACCUAACCAAAACCUACAACCGGCAGCGCCAACUCAACGAUGGGCAGUCCUCGGGUGUGCCCCGAUCCAACGCCCAGAAGCCCUCAGCCAAUACAUUCGCGAGUGUCGAUGAUCAAAUAUCGGCACUCUCUCGCCAUGCCGCGAAGUUGCGACUCGACGACGUCAAGCAAACACAGACCCGCGAGAAAGACAAGUCAGACCGUGCAACCAGCGAGUUGGUGCUUGAUCAACGGACUCGAAUGAUCCUUUUGCAACUCAUCAACCAGGGCUUUGUGGCCGAGGUGCAUGGUGCUAUCAGCACAGGCAAAGAGGCAAACGUCUAUGGUGCUGUCUCGUACCCCGACGGUGGCGAUGGUGCCCCAGUGCAGAAGGCCAUUAAGAUCUACAAGACCGCCAUCUUGGUUUUCAAGGACCGUGAGCGGUACAUUGCAGGCGAGCAUCGGUUCAAGUCUGGAGCUGAGAAGGGAAACAACCGCAAGAUGGUCAAGUUGUGGGCCGAGAAGGAGUUCCGCAACUUAAGGCGCAUAUACACCGCUGGAAUUCCCUGUCCCGAACCGAUAAAGCUGAAGCUUCACGUCCUUGUUAUGAGCUUCCUUGGUGAUCGCAAAGGCUGGGCAUACCCCCGCCUCCGUGAUGCCAACAUCCAAGGCGAAGAUUCAGACAAGCAGUGGCGGGAUCUCUACGCGCAACUUCUUGGGCUCAUGCGCCGAAUGUAUCAGGUCUGCAGGCUGGUUCAUGCCGAUUUGAGCGAGUACAAUAUUUUGUAUAAUGCUGGAAAGCUGUACAUCAUUGAUGUAUCCCAGAGCGUUGAACAUGAUCAUCCGCGUUCCCUGGAGUUCUUGAGGAUGGAUAUCAAGAACAUGGGAGAUUUCUUCCGCCGCAAGGGUGUCGACACACUCUCUGAUAGGACAAUCUUCAACUUCAUCACAGCGACUGAGGGACCGGUUGAGGAGCCUGCAAUGUCUGAAGCUGUGGAUCAUCUCUACGAGGUUCGACCGACUGUUGGCGACUCGGAUCAGGCGAUCGCCGAGCUUGAGGUCGACAACGAGGUCUUCCGAAACCAGUAUAUUCCGCAAACACUAGAGCAGGUUUAUGAUAUCGAGAAAGACGCUCAAAAGCUUGGCCAAGGCCAAGGUGAUGAUCUUGUCUAUCGUAAUCUUCUUGCUGACACUGUCGUUAACAAGAAGGAGGAUGGCGCAGAGGAAGACGAGAGUGCCUCAGGGUCCGAUGGUGGUGCAUCGGUCGACAGCGAAGACGACAGCGAGGAGGACGAGAGCCGGUUUGAGAAAGGCAAACCGCGUGGAAAGAGGUUUGAGGAUAAGGACGAGAAAAAGGAGCAUAAGCAAGCUGUCAAGGAGGCGAAGAGGGAGAAACGUAAGGAGAAGAUGCCAAAACACCUAAAGAAAAAGCUCGUCAACAGCUCCACCCGGAAGAAGAAAUGAUCUUGAUGAUACAAGAAAAUAAAAAAAAAAAGGUCUCAGUCUCGCAAUCAUCUUUCCAAAGUGUCAUGCAGUAGCUACCGGCUGUUGAUACCAAAAACGCCAUCGCAUGCAUUUUAUAAGCUUAUUAUAUACCCAAAAUGUCGGAUGAUGAAGCUUUAAAGAACAGGACGGCAACCCGGCUAAACUUGUUGUGUUUAGGGGGUAAAAUCCCAGAACCACAAGCCAAGCCCCGUGAUUGUUCCUGAUCAACGCAUUAAACAUGUGCGGAUGAUGAUCAAAGAGAGCCCUGACGACGAAAUAGAUGUUGAUCACAGAGUGAUAACUACCCAACAAGAAGCAACAAUGCAUGCUGUUUUGCCAUUCCAACCCACUCAGACGUGAAGAAGAACAGUUUCUGUCCUUACCUAAGCAUCGAGUCCUUAAUCCCUGAACAAUGCUCCGAACCUCUUUACGUAGACACAGGCUCCCAAUGGUCCAUGAACGUCUCCACGAUGACGCCAUGAUCCUCAUGCUGCUUCAAACCGCUGACGACCACGACGGCGACGACGCCCUCGACACCCUUGACUCGGACCGGGAACCCACCGCCGUGUAUGGCGUAACCGGCGGCCUCGUCGGGGGACAUUCCAAACUUUGCGCGAAACUUGUCCUCGUCGCCGCCGUACUUGCAGUGCAUGAGCCAGGUGCUGCAGCCCCAGCGCAGGACGGUGCUGCGCUUGCGCGCCACCCACCGCUCGUUGUCGGGCGACGUCCCCGAGCCCACGG